AUGAAUCUCAACUUCACCUCGCCUCUACACUCCGUGUCCUCGCAGAGACCAACGUCCUUCUUCAUCGAGGACAUCUUGCUGCACAAGCCCAAGCCUUUGCGCGAGGUGGCCCCCGACCAUUUCGCCAGCACCCUGGCCUCCCGGGUGCCCCUGCUAGACUAUGGCUACCCCCUCAUGCCCACGCCCACGCUCUUGGCUCCUCACCCUCAUCAUCCUCUGCACAAGGGAGAGCACCACCAUCCCUACUUCCUCACCACCUCGGGGGUGCCGGUACCCGCUCUCUUCCCGCACCCGCAGCAUUCGGAGCUGCCGGGCAAGCACUGCCGCCGCCGCAAAGCCCGAACGGUUUUCUCCGACUCGCAGCUCUCAGGGCUGGAGAAGAGAUUCGAGAUCCAGCGCUACUUGUCCACGCCUGAGCGAGUGGAGCUGGCCACGGCGCUGAGCCUGUCGGAGACGCAGGUCAAAACAUGGUUCCAGAACCGGCGGAUGAAGCAUAAAAAACAACUGAGGAAAAGCCAAGAUGAGCCCAAAGGGCCGGAGGGCGCGGAGAGCCCCGAGGGCAGCCCCCGUGGCCCCGACUCUGCGCCUCCAGAGGCGCGGCUGGGUAUACCCGCCGGCCCCUUCGUGCUGACCGAACCGGAGGACGAGGUGGACAUCGGGGACGAGGGGGAACUAGGCUCGGGGUCGCAUGUGCUCUGA